AUGAAAGGAGGAAGCUUCUAUAAUUAAUAAGAGGGAACAUAAACCCUUUAUGAGUAAAUGAUUUAGAAGCACAAAAUAGAUCAGGAAUAGAAUGAUUGUAGUUGCAACUGCCAUUCGAAAGCUCGUUAAGCAAAAAUCUAAGAGCGUAUUAUACAUUUUAAGAAGGGGAUCAUUUAAUCUGUUCUAAGUUAAAACAAUUACAAAAAUGUCAUAGUUUCGUGGGAUCUUGCAGUUUAAAUUUUAUAAAUGCUUAAGUAGGUUACUUACAGAAAAUGGAUUUAUUUAAUGUAUUUAAUCGUUAUGCUAUUUCUGUUAUAUAGGCCUUAAUGCAGUUCUUACACUUUCUUUUCGAUUUUUGUACCUUAUAUUAUAUCAGUAUUCAUUCAUGUAUGGAAGGUCAUCUAUACUGCCAGACAAUACUCGCAGCACGAUGAUCUCUAUAAUAAUUAAAAGAUAGAUAAACUAAAUAAUAAAGAUCAUAAUAAAACGAUACAGCCUAAAAGUAUUCAGUGGAAAAAUAUUGAACUUGGUGAUAUUAUUAAAGUAGAAGCAGGACAAAGAGCUCCAGCUGAUUUGAUAAUUUUAGAUUCAUAUGAGAAAAGUUUCUUUAUAGAUUCAGACUUCCUUGAUGGAAAAUCAAUCCCCUAAAUGAAGCUUUCUCUAAAAUUAACUCAAGUUAGCAAAUAAAUUUAGGAGUAAAAGGAAAAAUUUUAGAACUUUAGAAGAAAUUUAGUAGGAAAAAUUUAAUAUAAAGUAAAUCAAGGAGAAUAGGGUUAUUAUUCAGGUAGUUUGAAAUUAAAAAGUGAUCCUACAAGUGAAAAUAUAACUUCUGAAAAUAUUCUUUAUAAAAACACAGUUCUUCAUAACACAAAAUGGAUUUAUGGAAUGGUUAUUGGAACAGGGUGUGAUUGUUAAAUGGAUAAAUGGAAAAAGAAAAUUAUUUAUAAAAUUAGUGCUAUGGAUGAGAUGAUAGAAAAAUUUUCAGGAAUACUAAUUGUGCUAUUUACUUUACUUUCAAUUCUAUUUAGAAUUUUAAUAUAAGGAAGCAAUUAUCAUAGCUUUUCUUAUCUUAAUGAUCCCACAAGUCCUUAAGUCAGAACUGAUAUCCGUAGCUUUUGGAUUAUGUUUAUUGUAGAAUCUCUACCUAUCUAUAUUUUUUCUGUUUCUGAUAUAGUUUAAAUUAUAGAAGCCAUUAAAUUAUAAAAAAAAUAUUAAAAUAAAAUUUAAAUAAAAAAUGUUGAUGCUUUAGAAAACAUUUCUUUUGUCGAUUGGUGCUUUUUCGAUAAAACUCAGACUCUCACAUAAAAUAACUUUGAAAUUGAAGGUUUUAUCAUUGAUCAGCAAUACUUUACAGCAUAAAAUAUCAAAGCUAAAAGAAUGAAAUCUAUUUAAAAAGAGCAAAGCGAAGGGGACAAUGCUUAAAGUAAGAAAUUAAGAACUGAUAGUUAAAAUUUAAAUUAAAUAAAAACAAACUAUAAAUAAAACAAUAAUAACUACUCUCCUUAAUAUGAGCAACAAAAUUAAGGGUAAUUAAAUCUGAAUUUUAAAAAUAAAGUAAAUUAAGUUUAAGUCAACAUUACAGAUAUAACAUCCGAUUAGGAAGAAGAAAGCAAAAAUGAUAAAAAAGAAGAAGAAAAUUAAGAAAAUAAUAUAGACUAAUAAUAACAAUAAUAUAAUUUAAAUGAUUAUUAAAUUCCUGAAGAAAAACUUAAAUAGUAUAGGAUGUAAAUAGAAAAAAUAGAUGAGGCUGGAGAAAGUAUUUUGGCUAACUCUUCACAAGUAGAUUCACAAGAUAGAAAUUAGGCAAAAUUCAGACGUUAAAAUUCUUUAUAAUUAAAACAAUCUUAAUACAAUAAUAGCUAAAUUAUAAAACCUCAUAAAUUAAGAAUUUUUAAUGAAAAUGGUUUCAAUUUGGGUUCUGAUGUUAGUAUACCUUAAUCAGAAGUGAAAAAUGAUACUGAACAAUUUAAAUCUUAAAGCGAGCAGCAAUCUAAAGAUCCCUCUCCUCCACUAAAAUAAAAGAAUAAUCAAAAAUAUAAUAACAGUUUUAACAAUUCUUUAUAAAGCCAGCAAGAUUCAAAUACUAAAGCUGACAAAGAUUAAACAGAUCAAAUCGGUUAUGAACAUUAAGAAACAAAUAGAGAGUUAGUAUUGCACCAUGAUUUUAUCUCUCCUCAAAUUACUUCAAGAGAAAACUAGAUUCUUUAGAAAUCUAGUAAAGAAGGAGGAAGCUUAGGUACAGAAGGAAAUUCUGAUACUGAGUCACAGAGUCCUUUAGAUAGUCCUUAAAAGAGGAGAUAACGUUAAAAUAUGCAGAGCCAUUAGGAUGAAUAUGAUGAUAUUCCAUAAGAAGGUUUAAGAAGUAUUAGUAUUAAAUCUUUUCAGCUCCAUUAUGAAGGAGGAGUUAGUAUCCCAAAUAUAGAAUCGGAGAGAACAAAUACCAAUCUUAUAACAAAUUCUAAAUUAUAUCUAAAUCCAUCACUUAUCUAAAAAACAGAAGAAGAUUAGCUCAAUACACCCAGUAACUUUGAUAUCAGAAUGGGUUCACCCAGUUUUUAAGCUCUCACUUCAGCCAAGGCAUUUUCUAAGCACUAAAGAAAAUUCGAAUUCUUCGAUCAAAACAAUUCACACUAAAUUUCAACUGAUCAUGAUUAAAUUCUGAUAAGCAAUUUGAACAAAUAAUAUAGUAAAGUAAGCGAAGAAGAGGAAGUCAAAGAAGAAACACCAUAAAAUAAAAUUAGCAUGGAUUAAUGGGGCAUGCAAAUUAACAACAUGUAAAUAAAUAAUAAAAGCUAAGAUGAUAUAUCACAAGAAUUUCCAACAUCAGAAAUCGAAUAAAAUUAAAAUUAGAUCUCAAAUGCAAAUUAAUUAAAUGAGGAUAUUAUCUAUGAAAAGAAAGACUUGUAAUUAAAUUAAUUAGACAAAGGGUUAAAUUAAAAUUAAAAUGGGAACUAAAACUCAAAAAACGAAUAGCUAUAAUAAAUUGAAGAAGUUGAACCAAAAAUUGGAUUAACCUGUGUAAGAUUGGAUUAAUUAAAAUAAGGUUAAGGAGAUAUAAAUGCAUUAGAAAGUUCAGAAUUUUAAUCUGAUCAAAUAAAAGAAGACUAUAAUGAAAAUGAAGAAGCUGCUGAAAAUUCUCCAAUAAAAUUUUCUAAUUCUAAAUCUUCCUCUUCUAAUCAAAAAAGUGGUCAUCAAUCUCCCCACAGACUUAGUAAAUUUGCUUAAUCUUCUUUUGAUGAAGAGAGUAUAAAAAAAAAUGAAAAAGAUAUACCAUAACUUGAUACACCUCCUAAAUUAUUUUAAGGCAAUUCAAUUUAAUACAACGAAUAAAAAACAAUGCAAUUUGGAUAAGAUUCUAACUUUUUUGAAGCAGCACAAACUGAUGGUUAAAAAUAAGAUUCUAGUUAACCAUCUGAAAAGAAAAAAGAAUUAUCAAAUACUGAAAUAGAUUAGUUUUUUAUAUAAAAUUUUGAUGCUAUUAAAGCAAAAGCAGAUCAGCUUCAAAAAAAGCAUCCUUUUUAAUCUUUUGGUACCUACAGUUUUUAAAAAUUAGGAUCUGGUAUACAAAGCUAGAAUGGUACUGGUACUUUAGACAAUAUUUCACAGCCUAACUCUCCAUCUCCUAUUAAUCACAACAUUUUAAAAUAAAAUUUGACCCCUGAAGAGGUGCUAAUUUAGCAAGAAAGAAAAUUAAAAGAAAAGCUUUUUGCAAUUCAAAUAGCAAAUUCUUAUAAUUAGUUUGAGUAAAACUCUUUAGGAAAUAUUCAAACUCCUCAGCUGCCUUAGCAUAAUGAUGGUUAGAAUUUAUUCAGAUUUAACAGUAGAGAAAAAGACUCUCCUAUUCCUUAAUAGCUUAUGAAAAUAAAUUAAUUUUAAUCUUAAAACUCACUAAACAACAACAAUAACACUCUUAAUUUAGAACAUACUUCUAGCAAAUAUAUAACAUUAAAGAGCAAUGAGAUUCCAAAUCCUUCAAAUAAAGAUAUUAAAGGGAGUACUGCAAAUGUUAUCAAUUAUUAAAAAGAAGACAUCAAUUAAUUAAUUAAUCAUCAAGUCAAAUUUAGCUCUUAACUUUUGAUGAAUCUUUUAGAUUCUGACUUUGAAUCUCAAGAUGUGUUGGUAGAAGAUUUCUAGAUAGUCGAGAAAGAAACAUUAGAGCAAAAAUAAAUGAAAAAAUAUGAUAGCUUUAUCAAAGCUGUUAUGCUUUGUCGUCAAUGGAAGCUAAAAAUGUUACCGAAUUCAGAGUUUUACACUAUUGAAUUUCUUAAACCUGAAGAUGAGAGCAUAUCUAGAUUUUUCAGAAAUCUUAAGGUUACCCUAUAAGUUGGAACUAAGAGAGAGUUAGAAGGUAAAUGCUAUUUUCAUUUACCAAAUUUAAACAACAGCAACAAACUUCAAAUCAUUGUAUAAAAUUACCCAUCACCUAAAAAACCAAAUACUGUUUUCGCAAUCGUCCAAGAUCAUUUUAUGGGCACCUAUCACCUAUAUGUUAGGAGUGAUGCUUCUUUGCUAGAUAAAAUGAAGCUUAACACCCAACAGAAGCAAAUCUUAAGGCAGUACUUUGAAACAAAAAUGGAUCAUGGGCAAAGAGUCCAAUUGUAUGCUUAGAGAGCACUUUUAGGCAAAGAUGUGUAAAGUUUCUUAGUGAAAUACCAUCAAAUAAAAUCUGCUCACUUUGAAGACUAAACACGAUAAUAUGAUGAUCUUUUUGGAGAGAUUGAAUAUGAUCUAGAAUAUUUAGGAGUUCUUUUUAUCUCAAAUGAUUUAAAUAAAGGUGUAGUAAAUUAUGUUAAUUAACUUGAUAACUUACUUGUUAAAAUGGCAAUUUUAAGUGGAGACUCUCAUGAAUAUGUCAUGCAGACUGCUAAGUCAUCCACAAUUUUGGAAGAUGAUAUGGAAAAUAUUAAAAUUGAGGGAGAAAAUCAUAAUGACAUCGAAUCAAGUAUAAAGUAGCAUAUUUCGUAAAUUAAAAAGUAAAUGUUUUCAUCUGGUAAAAUUAAUGAGCAAGAAUUUGAAUUACCUGAAAAUUACAUGACAAAGUCAGAAUUUAAUCCUAAUAAAUCUGAUAAUGAGAAUUAGCUUGGAUAAACCAACAAAAAUAAAUUAAAUUAAAAACCAUCAAGAAGAUAUUCUAAGAAAGUGACUAAAGCUCAGUAUUACAACUAACUUUAAAACGCUUUAGAUUAAUUGUAAAAAAGAGUUGUUAUAAUUAAAGGUAGUUAGCUAAAAAUAAUUUCAUCAAAUCCUACUUUGGAGGCUCAUUUUUUUUUCCUGAUUGCUAACUCAGACAGGAUAAUAGGUACUGAGCUAACUUCUAUUUAAAAAGGAUAUUUUGUUGAGAUCAUAAAAUAUAUUGACUCCAAUUCUAAAAUCAUGUCAAUAGGAGAUGGCUACAAUGAUUGUUUAAUGAUGUAAAUUAGCGAUGUUUCUAUUGAGGUUUCUAAUACGAAUUCUUUUUUGCUUCAACAGAAGUAAAACCAAUAACAAGCAUUUGAGUAAAAGAAUUAAUAAUAAUAAAUGAAAAAAACUUAAGAUAAAAUGUAAGUUAGUGCAAAAAAAAAUAUACAAAGUAGCAAAAGCAUUAAGAAAAGUGAUACUCUAGAAAAAAAAUACAAAUUAAUUGCAGAAAAUAAUGAUGUUAAAGCAAGAAUUAGCAAUAACACAGGAGAUAUUUUCUUUAUAUUACCAGACUUUAGCCUGAUUCAGCAAUUCCUUUUUAGAGAAAAUCACAAUUUGGCAAGAAAGAAAUUUUUUAUAAUUUUUGAAGCUUUUUAUCUGUCAUUGAUGUACACAAUACUAAACUUUUGCUUGAAUGUAGAUAGCCUCUCUUCAUCUACUCUUUUUAAUUCUGUUGAUUAUGUUGUAUUUUAUCUCUUCUUUUUUGGUUUCAAGCUGGCUUUUUUUAGUAGUCAAUACAAUAAUACUUUAAUAUCAUUGCUUAAUGAAAGAUAUGCACCAUUUAUAUUCAAUUUUAAUAUAAGUUUUUUUGAGAGAGUAUAAUCAUUUAUCACUUUCUUCUUGGUUAGUAUUUUUCCUGCAAUGAUUGAUUCGAUAUUAAUUCUUCUUGUUUCAACAUUAUUAAAAAAUAUAAACCAGUCUAUGGAUUUGCUUAGGGCUUAUAUUAUACUUAAUUUAAUUAUAGUCAAUACAGUUCGUCUACAUAAUAAUUAUGAAUGCGAAAACUAUUAAGAAAACCAAUAAAUAUAUGUUAAAUAAAAUAGUAAAGUAAGCUCAAAAAGUGCUCCAACAAUGGGUUAAAUGAAAAAUCAGAAAGAAAAAACUACAUCCUUAGAAGAAAUUAUUUAGGGUAAGAAAGAUAAUACAAACUAAUAAGCAAUAAUAAGAAGAGUAAAAGAAAUUCUUCUUUCUAAAUUUCUCUGGAUCUUAGUAUUUGAUCUAGUGAUUUACUUUGCAUAUUUUGGAAUUAAUUAUCAAUAUGCAAAGUAGCAGUCUAGUUCAAGCUAAUAAGCCUUUGAUAUUAAAGAAUUGUUACAAUAUAGUGAUUGCUAUAUGGGGAUAUUUGUAGUAACCUGCUUUUCAAAGAUUUUUAAUUACUUUUAUAUUAACUUCAUCAAGAAAAAAUAUAUUGACAAAGAAAUUGCAGAGCUGAAAGAGUUUAUAACAGAAAGCUAAUAAAUUAAUUGGAGAGACGUCUAUCAUCGUGCUCAGAGCUUGAUUACUUUCUAUAAAAAACCUAUUGAAAGUAUUAUCAAAAAGAUUUUUGCUAAGGUUAAAAUGGACAUAAAUGUUGAAUAAAUUUUGAGUCCAGACGAUUAUCAUCAGCAACUUGAACAAGAAGAAUAUAAUAAAUAUACUCUAUAGUUCAUAUCUAAAAAGCUAAUGGCUUAAUUUAAUAAUUUGAUGAAGCCAAAUAAGAUAAAUUAAGCAAGGACAAUUUUGAUAGCUCUUAUAAUUUUAAACAUCAUUUUAAUUAUUUUCACAAGCAUAUUUAAUGAGUAACUUGAUUAAGUAGUAGUACAUUCCAAAUUUACUAAUCUCUAAUCAUUGUUGAUGCUUAUAGCUUUCACUGGAUUAUUACUAAUUUUCGCAAUAUGUUUCUACACAAAUUUUGGGAAAGAGAAGUUUGAAUAUUUAGUCAUUUCAGUGCUUAUCUAUUUUAGCUUGUAUCAAGUAAUUUAUCCGUGGGCUCUAGAAUAAAUAUUAUCAUUAAAACAGUUAAUUAUCUUCUUGGUAAUAUCUUAUCUACCUAUUCCAAUCCACUUUAUAAUUAUACAUCAUUUUCUUCUUAUGAUAAAUUAAGUUGCAUGGUUUAUAUACUAUUAAUAAUGUGAAGGUGAAAACUGUCUUCUAAAACCUGUAGAUGAUUUUAAUGAAUAAUUUUCUAAUUAUAGCGCAUAUUUGUUCAUCAACUUAAUUUCAUUUUAUAUCCAUGUUGCUUUGAAUGGCUCUUUAGGAUAAUAUUUCUUUAUAUAAAAUCAAAAUAUCCACUACUUACAAAUCAGAAGGCUUAAAGAAGAAAAGAGUCAAUCUUCAGAUGUCUUAGGUCUUUUGCUUCCUGAAUUUGUAAAAGAUGAAGUAAAUUAGUGUUAAGGAGAAUAUCUUAUUGAAAAGUCUUCUGAUAAUGUAUUGAUUCUUUUCUGUGAUAUUUACCAAUUUGAUAAAGUGCUUUCAGAAGAAGGAGAAAGAAUCACUGAAUUACUUGAUAGUCUUUUUAGAUAAUUUGAUAAUUUAUGUAAGUAAGAAGGAAUUCAAAAAAUAGAAACAGUCGGAAAAACUUAUAUGGCUUGUGGAGGUUUGAAAGAUAUAGAAAAGAGACUUCCAAAGGAAAUCCUGAAAUAUGAUGUAGGUGAAAGAAUUAUAAACCUUGCUAUUCAAAUGAUUAUUAGAGCUAGUUAAGUAACUUGGGGAGAAAAUGAUUAGCACUAAGGAAUUGCAUUGAAAAUCGGUAUUAAUAGCGGGCCUGUGAUAGCUGGCGUCAUUGGUCUCCAUAAACCUUAAUUUUCUCUCAUAGGUGAUACAGUAAAUACUACAUCUAGAAUAUGUGCAAAUUGUAAAGAAGGAUAAAUAAGCAUUUCAUAAAAAGUUUAUGAAAGAGUUAAAGGAAUCAAGCCAGAAUGGUCAUUCAAAUAACACUAAUUUGAUGCUAAAGGGAAAGGAAUUUUAAUUUGCUACUACAUAAAUAUAAGGGAUGAGAGUGCUCUUAUUUAGCCUAUGAGUGCUGCAAAUAGAUUAAGUACUAUGUAAGUAAGUAGAACUCCUCUUAUAAUGCUAAAAAGCAUUAAUAACUAAGAGAAGUUUAUUUAAGGCUUGUAAGGUGGAAAAAUAAAUUCAAUAAAUAAUUACUCUAUCUAAUAAAACAUGGGCUACUCCUCAAAUAGUUUGCAGAACUCUCAAAAUACAGCAAAGCAAGUCAAGCUCAAAGACGUUUACUAAAACGAUAAAAUGAUGAAUAGGAAAAACUAAAAUAAAAAGAAGACAGUGUAUUACAACGAUUUAAUGGAUUAAGAAUUGAGUCCUAGCAACAAAUCAAAUAUGCAGCAAAGUGAAUUUAAUGGAAAUAUUCAAUCACCUUCAUUAGUAAGCCCUAUUCAAAAGCAGGAGAACACUUCUAUGGAUGAUAGUAUCAAAAAGUACCACCGUAAUGAUUUUAUUAAAGAAAUAUAAGAAAGUAAGCCUCCAGUUGGUAACUCAAUUCAGCCUAAAACUGUCAUCUUUACUUCAGUAGACACUCCAAUAAAACCAUUCUAAAGGAAAAUAGUUUCUGAAUUAACUACAAAGCAUCCUUAAAAUUAAAAUGAAGAAAAAUCUUCAAAUGGAAUUUAGGAAACACCUUCAAAGCUAAACUCUCAUAAACCAAUUGUUUUAGCCUCCAAUAACUAACUUGGCCAAUCAUAGAAUAUACAGUAGUAGCAAUAAAUAACUUCGAAAUUAGUAUAAACUAAUCCUGAUCAAGAAGAUUCAGAUGAUGAUGAUUGUGACGAUGAUAGAUUUCAUGACAUUAACACUAGCAGAUCUUAUAUAUUCAAUUAAAAAUCACAAGGUUCUUUUGGAAACAGCAUUGUUGUAAAUAGAUUCUUGCAAUAUGACUACUAAGGAGAUCGCUAGGUUUAUUAAGAUUAUGAAGAUUAAACACUUUUUUCUUAUUGGACUCCUUUUAAAACUUUAAUUAUUUCAACAAUAUUUGUUAAUUUUCUCCAUACAAUUUUGAAAUUAUCUAGUGGAAAUAAUUCAUCCACGAAUGCUGUUUGGUUCGCUUUUGACUUUUCUUGCUAGGCAGGGUUUUUACUUUUCUUAUUUAUGCGUGAUUAUUUAGUGGCUAAAAAGAAAAUGAGACAUGUAUUUUUAGUGUUUAUAAACUUAAGCUUUUUGGCUAUAGUAGGUGAUUCCUCUCUUCAAAAUUAAGAAUCCAUGCUUAUCCAUUUCAGCAUAAUGCGUUUAACAUGCAAUUUUUAUUUGAUGAAUCAUUCUUAUUGUUUAUUCUUUAUCGAGUAAUUUUUGUUAUCCCUUCUUUGGAUGGCUAUUUACAUUUUCUGGGUUUUAGUUCCUUAUUAAUGUUUCUCUAUUUAAUACCUCUACCUCUUAGUAUGUCCCAUAUUCUUUUUACUCUAUCAAAGAUACCACUUUGUGAAAACUUAAAUAGCAUACUAUAACAAAAUAUCUAUUGCAAUUGAAUAAAAUACUAAGUAGCUUAAAUUACUAGUUUACUUGCUUCCUCCUCAUAUUCUAGAUAAAUUCUUCAAAGAUACUACAAAAAGAAGUGAAUUAACUCACAGAUUGAAAAACAUACCAAUAUUAGUGGCUGAUAUAGCUGGAUUUACUGCCUAUUCAAACUCAGUUUCACCAUCUUAAGUUGUUAAAAUGUUGUAUAAUCUGUUUAUCAAAUUUGAUCUUUCGUGCACAAAGCACAAUGUGUUUAAGCUGUACACUAUAGGUGACUGUUAUAUGGUAUUAGGUUUUAAGGACACCCAAUGUAGGAAUGUAAUAAAUGAGGCUUAUAACACUUUAGAAAUGGCUUUUAGCAUGGUAAAAAUCAUCCAAAAGGUGAAGAAAGAGAUUAAUUUUGAUGGACUCAAUAUGAGAAUAGGUCUUCACAUCGGAGACAUUAUUGGAGGAGUAAUUGGAACAGAUAUUGUUAGAUAUGAUGUUUAUGGUAAAUCUGUAGUUAUAGCCAAUAAAAUGGAAAGCAACAGUACAACUGGUAGAAUAAGAAUCAGUGAAGACUACAAAAAGAUCCUUGAAGAAAAUUUUUCUAGUCUAUACGAAUUUGAAGAUGAGUUAACUGUUGAUUGUCCAUCAAUAUCAGAAAUAGUUCAAAGUUGGUUGGUUUACAAAAAGGAUGAAGCUUGA